AUUUCACUCAAAUGCCCCUGCAGCAGAAGCAACCGACCGCCAUGCCUCAGCAAGUGUGGAAUCCAUUUCACACACUGCAGAAGAAACCGACCGCCAUGCCCCAGCAAGUGUGGCAUCCUGCUCUAAUGCCCCUGCAGCAGAAGCAACCGACCACCGUGCUCCAGCAAGUGUGGCAUCCUGCUCUAAUGCCCCUGCUGCAGAAGCAACCGAACGCAGAGCCCCAGCUGGGGUGGCAUCCUGCUCAGUUUCCCCAGCAGAAGCAACUAGCCCCUAAGCCUCUACUGCAGAAGGAACCAACCACCAUAACCCAGCAACCUCAGCAGGUGUGGCAUCCAGCUCAAAUGUCCAAGAAUCGAACAUCCACUGAACCUCAGCAGCAGAAGCAACCAUCCACCACGCCCCAGCAAGUGUGGCAUCCUGCUCUAAUGCCCCUGCAGCAGAAGCAACCGACCGCCGUGCCCCAGCAAGUGUGGAAUCCAUUUCAUACACUGCAGAAGCAACCGACCACCGUGCCCCAGCAAGUGUGGCAUCCUGCUCUAAUGCCCCUGCAGCAGAAGCAACCGACCGCCGUGCCCCAGCUGGGGUGGCAUCCUGCUCAAAUGUCCAACAAUCGAACAUCCACUGAACCUCAGCAGCAGAAGCAACCAUCCACCACGCCCCAGCAAGUGUGGCAUCCUGCUCUAAUGCCCCUGCAGCAGAAGCAACCGACCGCCGUGCCCCAGCAAGUGUGGAAUCCAUUUCAUACACUGCAGAAGCAACCGACCACCGUGCCCCAGCAAGUGUGGCAUCCUGCUCUAAUGCCCCUGCAGCAGAAGCAACCGACCGCCGUGCCCCAGCUGGGGUGGCAUCCUGCUCAGUUUCCCCAGCAGAAGCAACUAGCCCCUAAGCCUCUACUGCAGAAGGAACCAACCACCAUAACCCAGCAACCUCAGCAGGUGUGGCAUCCAGCUCAAAUGUCCAACAAUCGAACAUCCACUGAACCUCAGCAGCAAAAGCAACCAUCCACCACGCCCCAGCAAGCGUGGCAUCCAGCUCAAAUUCCCCUGCAUCAGAAGCAACCGGCCCCUGAACCUCAGCAGAAGGAACUGACCGCCAUGCCCCAGCAAAUGUGGUAUCGAGCUAAAAUGCUCCAACAGGAGAAUCAUCUGGCCGCCAUUGUCCAGCAGCCUCCGCUCGUGUGGCAUCCAUCUCCAUUUCCCCAGCAGCAGAAGGAACUGGCCGUCGAGCCCCAGCAGCAGAAGGAACUGGCCGUCGAGCCCCAGCAGCAGAAGGAACUGGCCGUCGAGCCCCAGCAGCAGAAGGAACUGGCCGUCGAGCCCCAGCAGCAGAAGGAACUGGCCGCCGAGCCCCAGCAAGUGAGGUAUCCAGCUCAAAUGGCCCAGCAACAACCCAACCCCAUUCCUCAGCAAUUUUGGCAUGUAGCCCAAAUUUCCCAGCAGCAACUGGCCUCAAAUUCUCAGCAGAAGCACUACGAAAGCACUGAAGAUGGUGCCUCUGGUAGUUCUCAGGCCAGCAUUGUUGAACAGUCGGGUGUCAUCCCAAUCUCUUCCUACAGUUUCAAAUCGCACUACAAGAAUGGCAGAACUGGAGUCUCCCAAAUCAGCUACACUCCUAGGGAGGCAAUGCCUGUUGACAGUGGAAAUGCUCCCAAGGACGGUAAUGUUAGCAUUGGUGCACCAAGCAUAUAUCCAACACGAGUGAAGGAUUCUGCAAGGGAAAUAUAAUGGAUUCAUUCUCUAGAAGCUCUAAUG